AUGUUUGCACGGAUGAAUACUGGUGCGGAUGUAAGAUCUAUUUUGAAUGAAUACUUUCAAAAAUACUUGGUCACAACAAGUAAUGGGGGAGUUUACCACACCAAUCCUUACUACGACCAAACAAGUUUAGGGCUGAUCAUAUCAAGAUGCAAGGCUAAAAAGACUGGUUCCGACUUAAAGGGAGUGGCUUGCAUCGAUUUCAAUGUUUAUGAUUUGCUUUCUGAAAUUGAUUUAUUUGAUUUAUACUCAAAUAUGUAUCCAUUCUUGGUUAAUUCUGAUGGCAAAGUAAUUCUACAUCCAUAUCUAAAUCCACCGUCCGAAAACUAUCGGGAUCCAUUCCUUCCUGAGAUAUCUGAUUUGGAACAAGAGGACAAUGGCAUGAACAUUAAGGAAUUGGAAAAAUGUAUUAGACAAAUUAAUAUUCAGUGUGAAAUCGUGGCCGACGUUAAACGCGUUUAUCCGAGAGGUCACUUGGCACUACAUGGCAUUCAGUGGGAAAUUGUUUUAUCCCAUUUUAUUUGCAAAGCGAUCAAAAGACUGUCUUUUACAGUGUGCCUAGUGUUCGACGCCAAUGAAAAAACUUAUGUGAAAAUAUCUUUACAAAAUUUUCCAUUUACGAAUUCACUGACUUUUAUGAACUCAAUCAACAUUUUUGAUUUGACAGAUAAAUGCAGCCAAAGCAACAGAAUUGCUCUUUACAAUGCAACUUCUAUUGUUCUUGCGCCAAAAUCUUUUACAAAUCCAAAUAUAUAUCUUGGGACAAAUCAAUCUGAUUUAGAUUUCAAUAACUGGAAAAAUAUUGUGGCAAAACUGAACGAUCCACAAUCGACAUUCAAGGCGUAUUCAGAAAAUAUCCCGGAACAAUGUUAUCAAAAGAUUAUGAUGCCACAAGACGACCAUGGUUGA